AUGAAGGCAUGGCCAGCAAGUCUUGUAUACACAUCAUCGUCAACUUCCUCCUCUUCUUAUUCUUCUUCUACUUCUCCUUCAAUGGGAAUGGUUUAUGCAGACUUGGGUUCUCUAUCCCUUUGUUCCAACUAUGGUGUUUCUUCAUCUCAAGAUUGCUAUGUCUCCAAGAGCUUUGUGAUGGAAAACGGGGGUACUACAAGCUGGGCAUUGCCAUUUGUGAGGGAAUGCCUUGGAAGAAGCUUUGAGGAACACCCUAACAGUGAUGUUGUUGUGGAGGGUAAAGGGUCUGAUUGUAGUGGUGGGGCUGGGGAAAACAGUGACAAGAUUAAUCAUAAUGCUAGAUUUAAUGAAGAGAACCCUAAUGAGAAUUCUGUGACUGGCAAAGAGGCAGACACGGGACAUUCCAAGCUAUGUGCAAGAGGACAUUGGAGGCCUGCAGAAGAUUCCAAGCUCAAGGAACUUGUGGCUCUUUAUGGGCCUCAGAACUGGAACCUGAUAGCUGAAAAGUUAGAAGGAAGAUCAGGCAAAAGUUGUAGGCUGAGAUGGUUCAACCAGUUGGACCCGAGGAUCAAUAGGAGAGCAUUCACUGAAGAAGAGGAAGAGAGGCUAAUGCAAGCACAUAGGAUUUAUGGUAACAAAUGGGCCAUGAUUGCUAGGCUUUUCCCUGGAAGAACAGAUAAUGCUGUCAAGAAUCACUGGCAUGUUAUAAUGGCCAGAAAGUACAGAGAACAAUCCAGUGCUUACAGGAGGAGGAGGCUGAGCCAAUCUGUUUACAGAAGAAUGGAGGAAAAUACAAGCUUUGUCUCUAGAGACACAGCCACAACAGGGACAGAACCACCACCCUAUUGUCUCGAUCUUCCAAUUGGAGGAGGACUCAGCAAUAACAUGGCUAGUUUCCCAUAUGCAUCUUUCCAUGGAACUAGUGGUGGGGUUGAGUAUGGCUUGAAUGGUUCACCCCACAUGACUGUUGGGAAAGAAGCAAUCUCAAGUAACAAGCAGGCCCCUCCUCAUAUUGGCUUGUAUGCUCAACCGACACCACUUGAUUUCUUCUCUGGUGGUAGAAGCAAUGACAUGGUGGGGGAGUAUUAUAGCCAAACAAGACAGUGGGAUAGGCCAAGUGAUACACAUCCUCAUUCUCAUCAUCAACAAUCUGGUUUUUACCCUCAUCAUCAUCCCCAAUAUGUGAUGCUAAUGCAACAACAAGAGGCAAACAAUCACAAUUUUCACAGUUUCUCAAAUUCCACAGCAUCAAGAGCACAGAGAUUGGCCAGUGAACCUUCACUAUCAUCAGUGGCAGAACACAGAGAUCAAGCCCUGAACAGUGACCCCCCAGAUGCAAUUCCACCUCCAUUUAUUGACUUCCUUGGGGUAGGAGCCACAUGAUCGAAGUUAGAACCGAACAAAAAGCUGCAAACUUUCCCGGAAACUCCUCAAUAUAGGCGUGGUCCAACAUUACUGAGAAGCCAUUCGAGGUAAACAGAAAG